CAAGCGAAAUCCCAACCAAAGGCGAAGAAGGGACCUAAAGCAGACCAACCCAGCGCAGCCCACACCGCUACGCCAAUUGCAACGCCGCCGUCGUUACUCUCGCCGGAGUCGGAACCACGACGCCGGUCACCGCCGCUGCCCAAGCAGCUUCAUCCGAGCCCUGAUUCGCCGGAUCACAUGUGGUCACCUCUCAGAUGACCUCCCGACUCUUCAACGCUUUGUUGCUGUUCCUCCUUUUUGCCGCCGCCUCUCUGGGCCGCGGUGGCGCUGUUCAGACGACGCCGUCGCUUGAGUUCCACCACCGGUUCUCCGCGCCUGUGCGGCGGUGGCUGGAGGCCCGCGGGCACGCGCUCCCCGGCGGGUGGCCGGCCCCUGGCGGUGCUGCGUAUGUCGCCGCCCUUGCCGAGCACGACCGUCACCACGCGAUGUCGGCUGCUGGUGCUGGAGGUAGCGGCGAGGCCCCUCCGCUAACUUUCGCCGAGGGAAACGCCACCCUCAAGGUCAGCAACCUCGGAUUUUUGCACUAUGCUCUCGUGACCGUAGGCACACCAGGGCAAACGUUCAUGGUGGCUCUGGACACUGGGAGCGACCUCUUCUGGCUGCCGUGCCAGUGUGAUAGCUGCACGCCGCCUGCGACGGCUGCUUCGGGAUCAGCUUCCUUUUACAACCCUGGUAUGUCAUCAACUAGCAAAGUCAUUCCAUGCAGUAGCAACUUUUGUGAUCUUCAAAAAGAAUGCUCCACGACAUCACAAUGUCCAUACAAGAUGGUGUAUGUCUCUGCGGGCACAUCAUCUUCUGGAUUUUUAGUUGAGGAUGUACUUUAUCUCUCAACGGAGAAUUCACAUCCUCACAUUCUUAAGGCGCAGAUAAUGCUUGGUUGUGGACAGACUCAAACUGGGUCAUUUCUGGAUGCUGCUGCUCCUAAUGGCCUUUUUGGACUUGGAAUAGACAAGGCUUCAGUUCCAAGCAUUUUAGCGCAGAAAGGUCUGAUACCUAACUCCUUCUCGAUGUGCUUUGGACGUGAUGGUAUUGGGAGGAUAAACUUUGGAGAUCAAGGAAGCUCGGACCAACAAGAGACACCUCUUGAUAUCAACCAACGACAUCCCACCUACACCAUCAGUAUCACUGGGAUUGCCAUUGAAAAUAAGCUAACAGACUUGGAAUUCAGUACUAUUUUCGACACUGGUACCUCCUUCACAUACUUGGCGGACCCAGCAUAUACAUAUAUAACCCAGACUUUUCACGCACAAGUUCAAGCAAAUCGCCAUGCUGCUGACUCGAGAAUUCCUUUUGAAUAUUGCUAUGAUCUGAGCUCUGGUGAAGCAAGGAUUCCAACUCCUGAUAUAAUCCUGAGAACAGUAAGUGGAAGUCUGUUUCCUGUGAUUGAUCCAGGGCAAGUAAUCUCAAUUCAGGAACAUGAAUAUGUUUAUUGCCUGGCAAUUGUCAAGAGCAUGAAGCUCAAUAUUAUAGGGCAAAAUUUCAUGACUGGUCUUCGUGUAGUGUUCGAUCGAGAAAGGAGAAUUCUUGGAUGGAAGAAAUUCAAUUGUUAUGAUACUGAUAGUUCAAACCCUCUCUCCACCAACUCACGGAAUUCGUCAGUUUUUUCACCUUCAACGUCUGAGAACUACUCUCCUGAGGAAGCAAGGAAUCCAACUGGUGUUUCCCAGUUGAGACCUUUGAACAAUUCAUCUCCUGGAACGUUACAAGAUAGUUUUCUUUUCAUGCUUCUUUUAAUUGGUUCACUGGUGCAUUAUGCUCUGAUUCCUCUUGUUGGUGUAGGGUUGAUCCGGCUGUAAAUUAGCUCUUACUGUAAAAUAGAUACUGUAGAGCUUGACUAGUUAGUACAGCAUAUAGAACACAACACAAUUGCUUAGUGCUUACAUGUUCUGUAAAUUCGACAAUAGUAAUUAAUUGUGAUGCUGGUUUUUAUGGCUCAUUAUAUACACGCUUCCCUUUCCA